AUGGCACCAAUCACCACUAACUUCCAUAGCACAGCAUCAUCAGCAGAUACAGAUUUAAGUACCCCAGAGGUUCCACCACCACCUUACUCACAGGAACCUGUUGUUGACAAGGGCGCUUCAGUUUCACCCACUCAUCGAACAGGAUCUACAUCAUCCGCUUCUUCACUUUCUAUUCAUCAUAUGCUCAAUAAUGAAGGUCAACUGCAACCGCAACAGCAACUGCUCCCACUACCACCCAUGAUACCCCAAGAGCAAAGAGAUUUGUCAGCCGCUCAAACAUUAACACAAUUGACUCGAAGUGCCACUCCUCCUUCUGAUGCUGAUACUAUGGUCACUACUGAUUAUGAAGAUGAUUCAGAAAUGAUGACUGAUUCUCAAAGACAACAGAGGCAUCCUCUUGUAUCCACUGUUUCUAUGGUUGCUAAACAUCCAAUUGUUAUGAAUGCAGUUAAAUACUACGAAACUUCAAAAAGAAGAUAUUCUUCAUUCAACUACGCUGCUGGUAUUGUUGAAGCCGCAACUAUACCAAUGGUUACCAGAAUUGAAGACAAUUUAAACACAAGACACCAAACCAAGCGACAUGCAUCUUCUUCCUCAUCUCAUGGUGCUGGAUCACCUCUUUCUUCUACAUUGAAUCAACAUACAAUGUCUUCAUUUGAUAACAAACAGAAAAAGCGGAGAUUAUCUACUUCUUCAAACAUGUCUACAGCAACAACUUCAUCACAGUCUGGUAUUGUACCAAGUUCAGAUGCUAAAAAAAGAUUACAGUUUUGCAUUCACAUUUUACAAGCAGCCAAUGCAACCAUCAACUCCAAAAUCAAUUUCCUUCAAUUAAAACUUGAUGAAACUGAAAUGGCAAUUAAAGAAAAGAGACAUCAGUUACAAGCACAACGAUCCAAUGAGUCAGUUUUGUCCGAUAAAACAACCGAAAAGACCAAAGGUGAAAUUGUUGGUACCGUGAAAAAGAUUAUUCAUCUUAUACUGAACUUUCGUCCAAGCACUUUAACAGCCACAGCACCAUCAGCACCACCACAAUCACAAGUGACAGCUGCACAAGCCCCAGCAGCAAUAGGGACCCCAGCAACCCCUACAACCCCAGCAGCUUAUCAUCCACACACGCUUUCUCGCACGAGCUCCUUUAAUGGGUCCCCAGUACCUAGUGGAUCUACUGAUGCAGCAAACACACCCACAUCUACUUUAACUCCAACUUCAUCAUAUGGAUCUUGUAUGCACGACUAUGAGUUGAAAAACACCAUACGUGACAUAAUAUUGCGUUUACCUGCAUCAUUGCAACACGCUGAAGACGACGGAGGAAAUGAUCGUAUUUUUGUUUUUGCUAAAGAAAGUUUGGAAAUGAUUACAAAAUUGACCAAUGUUUUCAGCGAGCAAUUGGCACAUGUUGAAACGUGGGUUAAUGGAGAAGUACCAGAAGAUCCAAAGGAGGAAGUAAUCACGCCGAAUGAAAAAGAAAACGACGUGGAAAUGAAGGAUGAAAAGGGGUUUGAUCUGGUCAGUACCAGAUGUUCCAGCGAGGAACCUGACGGAAUAACGUCGGCCACAAAAAGAAUGAGAAUCAAUGAGUUGAUUGACAAUUGA